CGCUUCCCCGCAUUCACUUGCCUGGUUAUCCCCUCCCUUCGGUACCCUCGCCCCGUGUCCCGGCCGAGGGUUUCCCCGGGCGGCUGCAUGUCGAGCACCCGCCGAGCAGGCACCGUCCGCGGCCAGGGCGCGCAGUACGAGCUGAAGGAGAGCCCCGGGGUGCAGCAUGCCACCUUCCCCCACCACCACCCCGCUUUCUACCCCUACGGGCAGUACCAGUUCGGCGACCCGUCGCGGCCCAAGAACGCCACCCGCGAGAGCACGAGCACGCUCAAGGCCUGGCUCAACGAGCACCGCAAGAACCCGUACCCCACCAAGGGCGAGAAGAUCAUGCUGGCCAUCAUCACCAAGAUGACCCUCACCCAGGUCUCCACCUGGUUCGCCAACGCGCGCCGCCGCCUCAAGAAGGAGAAUAAAAUGACCUGGGCCCCCCGCAGCAGGACUGACGAGGAGGGCAACUCCUACGGGAGCGACCACGAGGGGGAAGAGGACAAGAGGGAGGACGAGGAGGAGAUCGACCUGGAGAACAUCGACACCGAGAAUAUGGAGAGCAACAAGGACGAGCUGGAGGACGAGCUGCAGGACGCCGAGCUCCUGCACUCCGACUCCAAGACGGACUCGGAGGGCUCCGAGGGCUUCGAGGACCUGCCCGGCUCCGAGGAGCGCUACCUCAAGGGCGCCGAGAUCGAUCUAGUGCCUUGGAAGUAG